AUGUGGCGCAAGGUAUUGUUCUUAGUUGUCCUUUCUUCUCACUCCGUGCUCGGCCAGGUCAGUUACUCCAUUCCGGAGGAAAUGGCGAAAGGCUCGACAGUUGGAAAUAUCGCUCAGGAUUUGGGAUUAGAUUUAAAAAGACUGAAAUCAAGAAAAGCGCGCAUCUUUACGGAAGACAGCACGGAGUACAUCGAGCUGAAUAAAGAGAGGGGGGCGCUUCUCAUCAAGGAAAAAAUAGAUCGCGAGUCUCUUUGUGCUAAAACGACCCCCUGCGCGCUGCAUUUUCAAAUAAUUCUGGAGAAUCCGAUGGAAUUAUAUUCUAUUACCGUCGAAAUUACGGAUAUAAAUGAUAACGCUCCGUUUUUCCAGACAGAGGAAAUCAGGUUUGAGAUUAGUGAAUCAGCUGUAACUGGAGCUAGAUUUACAUUAGAGAGAGCAAUAGAUGUGGACGUUGGUAUCAAUGGCCUUCAGAGCUACUCUCUAAAACCAACAGAUCAUUUUGUUUUAGAAUUACAGAGUCAGACAGACGGAGAUAAGAGAGUGCAAAUGGUUUUACAAAAACCUCUUGAUAGAGAAAAACAAGAGAGAUUCACAUUGUUACUGACAGCGAAUGAUGGAGGUGAACCGGUGCUGUCUGGUUCAGUGAAAAUACACAUUACUGUUCUAGAUGUAAAUGAUAACGCUCCUGUAUUUACUCAGAAUGUAUAUAAAGCUACAUUAUCUGAAAACGCAGCUAAAGGCACGAAAUUGACGACUGUGGGCGCAACUGAUGCAGAUGAAGGCUCCAAUAGUCUUAUUACGUACAUUAUGUCAAAAACUGUGGAUAGUUUGUCAGAUUUGUUUAUUGUUGAUCAGUACAGUGGUGAUGUCAUCUUAAAUGGCGAAGUUGAUUUUGAAAAAUCGAGCAAUUAUCAGCUUGAGAUUCAAGCAAAAGACCAAGGAGGACUUUCUGACACAUGUAAGUUAAUUGUUGAUGUUUUAGAUGUGAAUGAUAACACACCUUCGAUUAACAUUAUCUCUAAGUCUAACUCUAUAUCUGAGGAGUCUAAGCCUGGCACUGUUGUUGCUAUGAUGAAAGUAAACGAUCCAGAUUCAGGUAUGAAUGGCCAAGUUCAUUGCAAUAUAAACGAGAAUAUUCCUUUUGCUAUCAUAUCACCAUCCAACAACUUCUUCAGUCUGCGCACAGAGCAGGAACUGGACAGGGAGAGAGAGUCUGAGUACAACAUCACUGUGCUGUGCUCUGAUGAGGGAGUUCCCUCACUCUCCAGCAGCGCUUCUCUCCGUUUACUCCUUUCAGAUGUGAAUGAUAAUGCUCCUGUCUUUGAGAGAAGGAGCUACGAGGCCUUUGUGCUGGAGAACAACACACCAGGUCUCUCUAUCUUCACAGUGAAGGCCAGUGACGCAGACUCGAACCAGAAUGCGCGCGUUUCUUACAUUUUAGAUGACAGCACUGUUAAUGGGGUUCCUGUAUCAUCAUAUGUGUCAGUCAGUGCUGAUAGUGGAGUCAUUAAUGCCGUGCGCUCUUUCGACUACGAGCAGUUAAAGGACUUCCAUUUCCGCGUCAAAGCGCAGGAUGGAGGCUCCCCUCCACUCAGUAGUAACGUGACAGUGAAGAUCAAAAUCCUAGACCAGAACGACAACGCUCCUCAGGUUCUGUACCCAGUACAGACUGGUGGCUCUGUGGUGGCUGAGAUUGUGCCUCGUUCAGCAGAUGUUGGCUAUCUGGUGACUAAAGUGGUGGCUGUUGAUGUGGACUCUGGACAGAAUGCCUGGCUCUCCUACAAACUCCAGAAAGCCACAGACAGGGCGCUGUUUGAAGUGGGCCCACAGAAUGGAGAGAUACGGACUGUGCGCCAGGUCACUGAUAAAGAUGCAGUGAAACAGAAGCUCACUGUUGUUGUGGAGGAUAACGGACAGCCGUCUCGCUCAGCUGUAGUGAACAUCAAUGUAGCUGUAGCGGACAGUUUCCCUGAAGUGGUCUCGGAGUUCUCGGACUUUACGCACAGCAAAGAAUACAACGAUAACCUGACUUUUUACUUAGUUUUAGCUCUGGCUGCUGUUUCUUUCCUUUUCAUUACUACUGUAGUAGUUAUAAUAUCAGUGAAGAUCUACAGAUGGAGACAGUCUCGUAUUUUCUAUCUCCAACCUCCCAGUUAUUCCGUACUAUCCACCCGGUUACGCAGACACAGGAGUUACUGGAACUCUGCCGCACAUGUACAAUUAUGACGUUUGUAUGACGACCAACUCGAGGAAAAGUGACUGUAAAUAUUCUACACUUGGUGGACAGAGUGUUUUAGUGGUGGACCCGAGUUUCACAGAGACUCUG